GGUUUUAUAUAUUGAUUUCUUUCUUGCAUUCCAGACGAUGCAUCACUUGGAGAUCAAGUUUUAAUUAGUUGACUUUUGUUUUCCAAAAUUCUAUUAGUUUAGAGAAUUAAAUUACGUAAUUUUCUUGCUUUGGGAGCUUGGAGACUUGCGGCUGGCAUCAAGAAAUUGGGACUUCUUGUUUUCAAGUGAUGUUACACAUCAGAAGUCGGGCUUAUUAUGUCCGGAGGCGUAAAAAGGAGAGGCCAACAAAUAUGAAGUCCCUCCCCAAAGAGCUAUUGUUCGAAAUCCUCCUCCGUGUCCCGGCCGAUCAUCUCUACGAGAGAGCGAGGCUCGUGUGCCGGCGGUGGUACCACAUUAUCCAUUCUCAUGCCUUCAUCAACGCGCAGAUGCACGGUGCUACCUAUGGACUCCUCCUAUCACCCGUAAAGUAUAAUACUCUGCCACUUUAUGUAACAGCCGACGCAUACGGUGGAAUCCACACAUCUGAGCUAAAUCACAUCUCCAAAUUGGGAGUUCUUGCUACCUGCAACGGUUUGAUUCUGGAGAUGAAAGAGAAGGGUUACCGCCUCCCUCGUCUUGUGAUUGUGAAUCCUGCAACGAAGCAGUCAUUCCUCCUCCCACCAUUGCCUACAGGCGUAGCCUAUAGCCUGGACCAGUAUGGUUUUGCAUACUCUGCAGCUUCCUUGGCGUAUAAAGUGAUUGCACCGUACACUGUUCGCCACUCGCCACUAGACCUAGAAAUUGACUACGGUCUUCGCGUGCUCACUGUUGGAGUUGAUGAAUCCUGGAGGCAAGUCGAGAUUCACCACCUCCCCGACCAUGUCAGGCCACUUUUCUUCAAAAGGGGUCCGGUGACUAGUGAAGGUUUCUUGCAUUGGGGAAGGGGGAAGUGCUGCGCGACGCUGGAUGUGGAGACGGAGAUCAUUACACUGAGUGAAGCCCCUGGUCAGUACCAUGAAAGCAGGUAUAAAUAUCUGUCAACUGGGAGGUGUCUGUCGGUCCUGGCUGCGUGUGGGUAUCUGUCGUGGGAGGUUUGGGAGAUGAAGGCAGAGACGGGCGAGUGGAGAAAGGCGCUGCCCAAGGUCGACUUGGGAGCUCAGAAAUGCUGGAAUCAACAGUUUGGUCCUGAAGAUGGUCGAGUUCUUAUGCCACUUGGUUGGGUUAAAUAUCCACAUGUUUUGGCCUUGUAUUUUGACGACUAUUAUUGGACGGAAGGCCGGCCUUGCAUUUUCUACAAUAUUUAUACGCAUCAACUCCACUCCAUAGAGCUACCGAAAAGCUAUACUGAACGUUAUGCGGCUUUUGUGCAUAAGAAUAGUCUGAUGUGGUUAAGUUAGAAGGGUAUUAGAAUCGGUAUUAAUUGUUUAUAUUUGAUCAAGUUAAAACAGUUGAUAUAUUAUUGCUUAUAACGUUUCAGAUUUUGUUCAGAUAUAUCUGAUGUUUAUUUUCUCAAGAUACAUGAUCAGCUUAUGUUUGGCAGAAUAUUUUGACUUUGUC